UAUCACAUUCGCAAUUUAAUUUGACAACAACAACAACAACAAAAUGGACGUAAAAGACGAAAAGGAAAAGAAAAGAAAAAGAACAAUAAAACUUGACGGUUCAUCUGCGUCAGGUGAUGGGAAAAUAGAGGCAAAAAGAAUAAAACCUGAUUCUGUAAAGAUAAAGCAGGAAGUACCAAGUGUUAAUAUUGGCCGUAAAUUAUUUUAUGCUGAAGAAGAUGAAGUUGAAAAGAGAGAUGUUAAUAAAGAUGUGGAGCUUUUUCAGAGUGCGUGUGGAGACAUUCAGAGAACAAUUGCUGAAAUCAAGACAUUGAAAGAGUCGAAAGGCAAAAAUGCUGCAGCAGAGAUUGAGAGUAAGCGUAUGGAAGGUAUGUUACAGAUAGUCAUGCUGAAGAAACUAAAUAGACUUGCUCAUAUUAGAUGUAAGAAGGUCAGGGACGGCACUAACGAGGCGAAGAUGAGAAUAGACCGCUGUCAUCUACAAGUACAGAAUCUUCUCUAUGAAAUCAUGCAUCUUGAAAAAGAAAUAGUCAAAUGCUUAGGAUUCAAGUCAAAAGAUGAAGAGAUAGAUCUUAUUCCGGUGGAUCAAUUUUAUGAAGAAGCACCAGAGGAGAUAUCCAAGCCUGAGAAGACAAAGACAGACAGUCAUCAACUAACAUUAUCCAGACUGGACUGGGAGCUAGAACAAAGAAAACAACUGUCAGAAAAGUUAAAGGAUGCUGUAAAAACUAAGGAGGAUAUAGAAAACGAGAUAAAAACUAAACAAGAGCAUCUAGAGAAUCUACAGCCAAAACUCAACAACAUAUUACAGUCUACAAAGCCAGUACAAGAGUAUCUGGAUAUGCCAUUUGACAGUGUUAGAGAAGAGCAUAUGACUGCCCAAUUCUUACCGCACCCACUGUAUGUGCUGUAUAUGCAAUGUAGUGCCUACAAGGAUGCCUGUGACAGCAGAAUGAAAGUGAGUUUGGAAGGAGACCUGAAUGCAGCCAAGUCUCUGGAUUUAUCAGGGCCCUCAAUACUUGAUGAGGACAGUGAAAGUGACCAAGAGGAACCGGAAGAACAGGAAAAGAAAAACAGUAAACGGCGUAGGAAGACAGUUGAUGUGAAGAAGUCAGAGAGCACAUCUAAAGUUCUGACCAAACAUCCCCUGUCUGUUGUUAUAGAAAUCAUCUGUAAAGAUGGAAGUCAGUUACACCUGACAUUCUAUUAUCUCACUUACUUAAAGAUAAUUACUGUAGGUGUGCAGGUAACAACAAGCCCAGAUGUAAACUCUCCUUGUGUGUCCGGAAGUGACAUCCUGUCACCAGAUUUAAUUCUAGAUGAUCUUUACCCAGGAGAUCAUGGUACUGCCUCACCUAAUCUCAGUAAUCAGUAUGAAUUGUCUCGCUUUGGACUGAAGGAUCUUGAGAACUACGUGUCACAGGUUGGAAGGCCAUAUUUAUGGGCUCAGAGAAUGGGUGGUCUACAGUUUCUUGAUGGUGAACCUUCAAAAGCCCCGAAGUCCUCAAUCAGUUCACAGACUAUUCAGUUUACAGUGAAGAAAUUAAGAAAGCGUAUACAGUCUAGGCUUGCUCUACUUAAACAACUGAGUGCAUUAGAACGCAACAGUAUUCCUGUAUCCAUUGAAUGUAUGGCCAUGUUUCCUGUAAAACUUACAAGCCAAUUGAAGUCGUGGCAGAGGUCAACAUAUGAAGAAUUUAUAGAGACACCAUACACACAGACUGUUGUAAGUCAGGGUUUAGCCAGUGAAUCUGAUCUCUACUUCACAGCUGUAAUAGAGCGUGGUACAGCAAAGAUGACAGCUUGUAUAGUGGUAGGAUCAGACUAUCCAACUGUAGCCCCAUUAUUCUGUAUCAACAUUUCCUGGGGUACUAACAGAAACUCUCAAAAUGAUAGUCAUAUACAGGAACUAGAAGAGGAAGUGAAUAUACACUAUGAGGAGCUUGUCAGUAAAAAGUCACAUGACCAGUUAUUGGCCAAUCAGCUUCAGCGGCUAGUUAUGUGUUUUGAUGUUUACUUGGAAACUGAGGCACAAAGCGGCAGUAACGAGGGUCCCAUUGAAAUUGCUAAAGAAAAGGUGUUUGCAAGAGUAACACGUGGUCGACAGCGGUCAAAACCUUACAAGUUUAAUGCAGACACUGGCAUCUUCUCCCACAGAUGAAACAACAUGCUGUAUACAUAGAUAUACAGAAUUCAUCAUACAUUUGUACUGUAAUAUCAAACACUUCAUAUUUUAGUUUGUAGUGUUUUAAUCUGCAAACGAAAUAUGCAAGCAAUGCAUAUCUGGAUAUUCAUUCAUCUAUUAACUUUAGUUGAGUACUUAAUUCUUUCAACUGUUGUAUUAAUUACUGAUAUAGUGUUGAAUGAACAUUUUAUAGCGUGAUCUACACUUAAGGACUUUGUCAAACAAUCACCAGUGUCCUAGACUCCUAGUAACAUCAACAACCAUUUUGUUAGCAAAAAUUAUGUUUAUGAGUACAUUUAUAUGGAGAAAAAAAUAAAAAGUUGAAAAA